AUGGACACUCCCGUGUCGAUCAGCGAGAAGAUGUUCCAGACCUUCGUCGACUCGCCACAGUAUGCUACCCACGAGCUCUUCUUGACGGCCAUGGUUAUCGAGAACGAUCGUAAAUGCAAGCCUGAGGCGCCCGAGGCGCCCGAUUCGCCGGACCAAUAG